UCUAUCUUUAACUAGCUCCCGCCGCCCAGUGAGACCUGCGGAAUCGGGGUUGGAGCCAUGGCUCUCCGCUGGGGCAUCGUAUCAGUUGGCCUUAUCUCCGGCGACUUCACGACCGUGCUGCGGACGCUGCCUCGCUCUGAGCACCAGGUGGUGGCCGUGGCAGCCCGCGACCUGAGCCGGGCCAAGGAGUUUGCACGGAAACACGACAUCCCCAAGGCCUACGGCUCGUAUGAGGAGCUGGCCAAGGACCCGAACGUGGAGGUGGCCUACGUUGGCACCCAGCACCCCCAGCACAAGGCGGCGGUGCUGCUGUGCCUGGCGGCGGGCAAGGCGGUGCUGUGUGAGAAGCCCUUGGGGGUGAACGCCGCGGAAGUUCGAGAGAUGGUUGCCGAGGCCAGAUCCCGGGGCCUCUUCCUUAUGGAGGCCAUCUGGACCCGCUUUUUUCCUGCUCUGGAGGCUCUGAGGUCGCUUUUGGCCCAGGGAGCUCUCGGGGACCUUCGGGUGGCUCACGCAGAAUUUGGAAAGGACCUCACCCAUGUCCCACGGGCCGUAGACUGGGCCCAGGCCGGCGGUGGCCUGCUGGACAUCGGCAUCUACUGCAUCCAGUUCAUCUCCAUGGUCUUCGGUGGGCAGAAGCCAGAGAAGGUUCUGGCCGUGGGGAGGCGCCAUGAAACAGGCGUAGACGACACUGUCACUGUGCUACUCCAGUACCCUGGAGGGGUCCAUGGCAGCUUCACCUGCAGCAUCACUGCCCAGCUCUCCAACACGGCCUCCGUGAGCGGGACCAAGGGUAUGGCGAAGAUCCUCGACCCCUGCUGGUGCCCAACGGAGCUGGUUGUGAAGGGCGAGCAUAAGGACUUCCCGCUGCCCCCAAGCCCAUACGAGUACAAUUUUACAAACGGGGCAGGCAUGGUUUACGAGGCCAAGCACGUCCGAGAGUGCCUGCGCAAGGGCCUGAAGGAAAGUCCCGUGAUCCCUUUGGCAGAAACUGAGCUCCUGGCUGACAUUCUGGAGGAGGUGAGGAAGGCCAUUGGAGUCACUUUCCCCCAAGACAAACACUGAUUUGUGCCCGAGUAAAUAAAGACAUGGUGUCCAGAGAG